CGCCGCUGCAAGGCAUUAGCAAAGACAUAGUCCGACAAAGCGUCUGUCUGACUUGAGCAUAACCGAAGCCACACAUAAAGUAUCCCAGGUCAAUUAGCAAAUUUGUGCAAGGCUAUUCAGUGUGACUUCCUUACCACCCCUGACGACGAUUGACGAAGCAUGUACAAGAUAGAAGCAGGAAACAGUAGCUCCGCAAAGUUUAUAGAGGAAUUAAAUGCGCUGGAACGCUCAAUUUUCAAGAAGAACGACUCAUGGGCAGACGGCGAGCUGGAGCGAAUGGUCAAAAAAAGGAACAACAUUACUUGCGUGGCGCGCUUAAACGUAGAUGGAAAGGUCUGCGGCUACGUGCUAUGUACUAGCACGGGUAUAAAUGUUCAUGUAUCGAAACUCGCAGUACGGGAGGACUGCCGGCGGCAAGGUGUCGCAAAGAGCCUCAUGAUGGCUGUUCUCCGUACGGCUGCCACUCAGCGCCGGUCGCUGUCCUCAACGCUGCAUGUGGCUCUUGAUAACCAGCCAGCUGUCAACCUCUACAGGUCGCUGGGCUUCAAGGAAGAUGGCUUGUUGGAACACUACUACACCACAGGCCGCCAUGCCUACAAAAUGAUUUGCGACUUGGAGCCCUAUAAGAAGCCCGAGACCAGCGGCAGCGGCAGCAGCUGA